AUGGGAAACGAAGAUCGAUCCACCAAAAACUCUUCUGCCAGCGUCAUUGAAGUUUCUCCAGAAAUUCCGAACGAAAGCGAAGCACAGGCGGAUCCCGUUGAAAUUAAAGUGUACAAAAAGAGAUGGUUCAUUUUGCUACAAUUCACGUUACUUGCAACCGGAAAUAAGUUCCAGUACCUCCAGUAUACCAUUAUUCAAAGCAUCGUAACAAGAUACUACGACGUAUCAACACUAGCAGUGCAGAGCACAGUCAUUGUGUUCAAUCUAUCGGUGCCGAUUAUGAUAUACCCCUGCACUUUGAUCAUGAACCGCUGGGGCCUGCGACUCACCAUGAUACUAGUGUCAUUGUCCACUUGUCUUGGCACGUGGAUAAAAUACAUAGCAACGUCACCUGACACCUUUGUUUUGGCAGUUCUCGGCCAGACACUCGUCGGAGCCUGGCAAGGGGUAGUGAUAUCCCUGCCCGGAAUACUUGCGGCACGAUGGUUCGGGCCCAACGAAGUUGCCACGGCUACGGGUAUGGGCUUCGUUGGUCAGAAGGUGGGCAUGGCGGCAAUGUCCUUUCUCGUGCCCGCCGUCGUUACAACGGAAGUUUUUAAGAGGGAGCCAAAACUACCACCAAGCAAAUCCAGAGCACUGCAAAAGCUCAAAGAAAUCGACAGUGACGGAUUUUGGAGGUCCCUCUGUCAGCUUUUGAAAAACAAACAUUAUUGUUUGCUUUUUUUGGCUCAAAGUUUACUGAUGGGCCAACUCACAGCCAUGAGUUCUCUACUCAACCCGCUUUAUACGACUCAUUUCAAGAAUGAAGAAAAAAAUGCUGGUAUCGUUAGUUUGAUUAUCAUUGUGAGUGGCCUCGUAGGGGCCAUAAUUUUCAGCAGAAUUUUAGAUGCAACUAAAAAAUUCAAAGCCUUGGCUGUUUCUCUGUAUGCAGGAUUCGUCUUAAGUUUGGUGGCAUUUCCGAUUUGUUUCUACAUCAUCAAAGUUAAAUGGACUAUUUUCAUAGUGGCUGGUAUAUACGGAUUGUUUGGAUAUGGCUAUCAACCAAUUAGCUGUCUAAUUUUAACUGUUUUAACACAAGUGGGGAAUAAAAGAGAAAUUGCAGGUAAAGAUAAAGGUAAAGAUACCUCAUUACAGACCAAUGAGAAGUACUAA